AUGUCGUUUCUUCAGAUGCAAGGACAAGCGAAACUGCAGCAGGUGACGCAGCUGCUCAAGUCUCUCGAGAAAGACCUACAAGAGAACAACCUCUCCACGCCAGCCAAAGUUCAAACUCUCCUCCAGCUCCGACAGCACGGGACGAAUCCUACCAACGCAGAACCGAUCUAUUCACAGAAUGGCAUAAAUAUCUUGGUGCGCUAUGGCGUUGAGGGAGAGACUCCCGACGUACGGCGAGCGGCCUUACGUUGUGUUGCAAAUGCGCUUUUGCUUGACCCCAAAAUGCGCCAGGCUUUUGUCGACACGGGAUAUAGCGGAAAGCUAGCAGAUAAGCUCAAGACCGACGAAUCAGAAGACGAGAUGGUCACAAGUCGGAUAUUGUUCUAUGCGACCUAUGACACAACACUGGAUUUCAAGGACUUAAUCAAGAACCACGCAUUGGGAGAUAACGUCAACUACCAAUUGGACCGUCAUGCGAAGCAGUUUCCCAAGUCGGAACGAAAACCGUUGACACAAAUGGAUGAAUUGGCACUAACAGAUACACUCAAGUUGAUAUACAACAUCUCCAAGAUGUUUCCAGAUCUUGCUGCUGACUUCUCCCCGUCAAUUCCUCACAUUCUGAAGAUUUUAAGUCGUAUUGAGAUCCCAGCAAAGCCCCUGGAUGGGCUCGUUGGCUGUUUGCUUAAUGCAUUGUCUAUCCUUGAUUUGGAGGAAAAGAAAAGCAAGAUCUUCGAGAGCAGCCCCCUGUUCCCGACAUUCAACCAGAACCACAACGUGGAUAGGCUAGUCAAUAUCUUGGACCAGGCUAUCUCCUCGUAUAGCCCCGAGGAACUGGAGUCGAAGGCAGUCCCGUUACUAUAUUCACUUAUUGCCACCUACGAAGUGGCACCCGAUGGAACUCGCAAGCACAUGCAGGGGCUUCUUUUGCCCGAGGAUAGUGACCGCACCGUUCCAAUUGGACAGUCUGACACACUUUCCUCAAGGCUCCUCAAGCUCUCCUCGACUCACUUUGCGAACCUCAAAGUUACCAUUUCCGAGCUGAUGUUUGUGCUCUCAGGUAAGGAUGCUGAGACCCUGACUAAGAACAUUGGCUAUGGCUUCGCUGCUGGUUUCCUGGCCGCACGCGGCAUUGAAAUGCCACAGAGUGCUCGUGAGACACAUUCAAUCAACGAGGACCCUUCGACUGCUCGUAAUCCGAUUACUGGGCAGAGGUGGGCCGCUGAGCCACAGGAUCCUGGUCCGCCUAUGACCCGGGAGGAGAAGGAGCGUGAGGCCGAGAGACUCUUUGUGUUGUUUGAGAGAGCAAAAGCAAAUGGCCUUCUCAAUGUCGAGAACCCUGUGACUCAGGCUUUCCAUGAGGGAAGGUUCGAAGAACUUCCAGAUGAUUCUGACAGUGACUAG